GUAAAGAAUGUGUGUGGCUGGAGUUGCAGUCCGAUUGCUUUGGAAAAGUCGUGCUUUGAAGACAAUCCACUAAGCCCCAAGACGUAAUGUAAUCGACUGAAAGUUGUCAGAUAUUUUUGGGCAAGAAUCCGUUCAAUCUCGCUUCUGCUUCGAGUCGUUUGGGUGCACGUUGAAACUUCGAGGCCUGCUUUGUUAGCCUAGCCUAGUUUAGCCGCUAACAAAGAGAACAAACAACGCGCCUGGGAUCAACACGUCGGCGAGCAAGCAAACAUCAAGUCCCAAAAUGUCAGAUUUCAGUCACGCGCAUCGUCCUGAACGCCUGGAGUCUGCUCGCAUGGAGGUAGCUGAAGAGUCGCCGUACAUCAAAAAGCUGGGGGAAGAAUUUGUCCACAUUAAAGAGGAGCAGGAGGAGUAUUUCAUUAGAGUGGAGAACCCCCACAUUGAGGAGCAGCAGCAACCUCAUCCCCCCCUCGAAAAGGAUGAGGAGGACCCUUCGUAUAUUAAAGUGGAGUUGGUGAACAUCCCCAAGUGGACUGGUGAGCCCUUAAAGGGUGAAGAUGGAGGUCCGAGUGAGGCCAGCAGAGGGGCGGAGCCUCCAAAUGGCAGCAGCAGCUGUUCAAAAGAAGGGUCCCAGGCAGACAACCUCAUCGCUCCACCAUCAGAGAGUGACGAUUUCACAUCACACUCCCUGUUCUGUAUUGAGGCUUCUAGAGGUCAUGCACCGAGAAGCAGUGACGUGCGGUCAGGGGAGGCAGGUUUCAGAAAAUAUCUUGGUGCUGAGCCAGAAUCUCCUUGCGUAAAAGAGGGUGUUGAGCUCCCCCAAAUCAAAGAGGAGCCAAAGCCCUGUCAACAGAAGCAACUUCCAAUCAAAAAGGAGGAGGAGGAGCUGCCAUAUGGUAAAAAGGAGGAAGAGGAGGAGCAUAUCACCAGGCCUACUGGUGAUCCCUUGAAGAGUGAAGAUGGUCUAAGUGACGCCGGCAGAGGGGCGGAGCCUCCAAGCGGCAGCAGCUCAACAGAAGGAUUGCAAGCAGACAUUUUCAUUGCUCCAUCAGACACAAAUGGCACCACGUCACACUCACCUUACAUUGAUGAUGGGCAUAAGACAUAUCACGGUGACAACAAAUUCUGCAAAUGCUCUCAGUGUGGGAAAACCUUUGCUAAAAAGUAUAAUUGUCGGAUGCAUAUGAGGAGCCACACUGGUGAAAAGCCUUUUUCCUGCUCGGUUUGUGGAAAAGAUUUUGUCUCUGUGGGAAACCUAAAAAAACACACAAGAAUCCACACUGGCGAAAAACCUUUUGCCUGCGCGGCUUGUGGCAAAGGAUUCUCUCAAAAGCAACACUUACAAAGUCACGAAAGAACCCACACUGGUGAAAAACCUUUUUCCUGCUCAAUUUGUGGUCAAGGAUUCAGUCGUAAGAGUGCCUUAAAAGUACACACCAGAAUCCACACUGGCGAAAAACCUUUUUCCUGCUCAGUUUGUGGUCAAGGAUUCAGUCAUAAGAGUGCCUUAAAAGUACACACAAGAACCCACACUGGCAAAAAACCUUUUUCCUGCUCAGUUUGUGGUCAAGAUUUCGCUCGAAAGGAUCACUUAAACAAACACUCGAGAACCCACACUGGCGAAAAACCUUUUUCCUGCUCAGUUUGUGGUCAAGGUUACGCUCGAAAGGAACACUUAAGAAAACACACAACAACCCACACUGGCGAAAAACCUUUUCCAUGCUCAGUGUGUGGUCAAAGAUUCGCUCAAAAGCGAUCCUUGAAAGAUCACACAAGAACCCACACUGGCGAAAAACACUUUUUCUGCUCAGUUUGUGGUCAAGGAUUCUCUAAAAAGCAACACUUACAAAGUCACGAAAGAACCCACACUGGCGAAAAACCUUUUUCCUGCUCAGUUUGUGGUCAAGGAUUCUCUAAAAAGCAACACUUACAAAGUCACGAAAGAACCCACACUGGCGAAAAACCUUUUUCCUGCUCAGUUUGUGGUCAAGGAUUCUCUAAAAAGCAACACUUACAAAGUCACGAAAGAACCCACACUGGCGAAAAACCUUUUUCCUGCUCAGUUUGUGGUCAAGGAUUCUCUCUAAAGCAAUGCCUACAAAGUCAUGAAAGAACCCACACUGGCGAAAAACCUUUUUCCUGCUCAGUGUGUGGUCAAAGAUUCGCUCAAAAGCGAUCCUUGAAAGAUCACACAAGAACCCACACUGGCGAAAAACCCUUUUUCUGCUCAUUUUGUGGUCAAAGAUUCAGUCAUAAGAGCAUCCUAAAACAACACAUAAGAACCCACACUGGCGAAAAACCUUUUUCCUGCUCAGUUUGUGGUCAAGGAUUCUCUAAAAAGCAACACUUACAAAAUCACGAAAGAACCCACACUGGCGAAAAACCUUUUUCCUGCUCAGUUUGUGGUCAAGGAUUCUCUCAAAAGCAACGCCUACAAAGUCAUGAAAGAACCCACACUGGCGAAAAACCUUUUUCCUGCUCAGUUUGUGGUCGAGGUUUUGCAGCAAAGAUAAACUUACAAAAACACAUAAGAACCCACACUGGCGAAAAACCUUUAGGUUAGGUUAGGGUUGGGGGGUAACGUUUAGAGGUGUGCAAAAUUUCCGAUUCUUGGAUUAUUUACGAUUCGGGCGUGGAUGAUUCGAGAACGAUUCACAAACAACCAAAUUCUGAUUAUUGAAAUAUGCCAAGUAAAGCGGAAGAACAACACACUCAGCGCGCCGCGCGGUCUUCGGGACGGGACGGAACGGAACGGAACGGAGCGAGAGUAGCUAAACAUCAUGCUUCUCAUUAGGCAAGGCAAGGCAAGGCAAAUUUAUUUAUAUAGCACAAUUCAACACAAGGCAAUUCAAAGUGCUUUACAUCACAUGAAGAUCAUAAAAAUCACAUUUAAAUCAACACAACGUAGAAACGAAGACAAAAGAUCGCAUUUAAUCACAGAAUAAAAAUAAAUAAAUAAAAUAAAAAUAAAACAAAAACUACUACAAAUAAUAAUUGAAAUCAGCAAUGGAGAUAAAAACGAGGAAUAGAAAGCAGGUAGAUUGAAAUAUAUAGACAGUUAUAGAUAUGCAGUGCUAAACAAAAGCGUUUUUAGCCCUGAUUUAAAAGAGCUAACAGUUUGAGCAUACUUCAGACGUUCGGGUAACUUGUUCCAGAGGUGAGGAGCAUAAUAACUAAAUGCUGCCUCACCCUGCUUGGUUCUUGUUCUUGGAACAUGCAGAAGACCGGUUCCAGACGACCUUAGGGGUCUAGAUGUCUCAUAGGACUCUAACAAGUCAAGCAUGUAUUUUGGUCCAAGGCCAUUAAGUGUUUUGUAGAC